ACACUGACCUCUGACCUUCUCCAAGGUUCCUCCCUCAGAUUAAAACCAGACUCUUCAGCGUCUCUCCUCAGUUUCUCCUCCUCGCAGCCAUGUUCAUUCAUCUCCUCUCCUCUCUCCCCUCCUUUCUCUCCCUCCCUCCCUCCUUCCUCCUCCUCUUCCUCCUCUUCGUCGUCCUGGUCAUCAUCAUCUUCCUGAUCUCAUGUCUACGCUCGUCCUCCUCCUCCUCUCCUCCUCCUCUUCGUCCGUCGGCUCGGAGCUCCAUCCCCUGCCUCCCUCGGCUCCCCGUCCUGGGCAGCCUCCCCUGGCUGGGAGGAGGCCUCCCCCCUCACCUCCUCUUUUCCCAGCUGGCCCACAGGUACGGCUCUCUGUUCGCUCUCCACCUCGGUCCUCACUACACGGUGGUGGUGAACGACCAUCGACACGCCAAAGAGGUCUUACUGCAGAGAGGGAGGGACUUCGCCGGACGACCCAACAUGGUGACGACCGACCUGUUGACCAGAGGAGGAAAAGACAUCGCAUUUGCAGAUUACUCUCCUCUCUGGAAGUUACACCGUCGCCUCGUCCACAACUCCUUCACUCUGUUUGGAGAGGGAACCAGUCGACUGCAGGAUAUCGUUCUGUCCUCUGUGGACAGUCUUUGUGCUGAGUUGUUGUCCGGUGGGAGACUCGGCUUCGACCCGUCUCCUGCGGUGACCAGGGCCGUCACCAACGUCGUGUGCACGCUGGUGUUCAGCGCCACCUAUCGCCACGGCGAUGCAGAGCUCCAGGAGGUGAUCCGAUACAACGACGGCAUCGUGCAGACGAUCGCCAGGGGAGGACUGGUGGACAUUUACCCCUGGAUGAGGUUCUUUCCUAACAAGUCUCUCAGAAAACUGAAGGACUCGAUCACCGUCAGAGACCGACUGCUGACACGCAAACUGGAGGAGCACAAGGCCUCGCUGACUGAUGGUGACCCCCGGGACCUUCUGGAUGCCUUGCUAAAGGGCCAGACAGGCAAGUCACCUGGAUCAGAGGAUGAGGGGAUAACAGACGAUCACGUCCUGAUGACGGCAGCCGAAGCUUUUGGAGCCGGAGUGGAGACGACAUCCACCACACUGCUGUGGAUCCUGGCCUACCUGCUGCACCACCCGGAGGUCCAGGAUCGAGUACAGAAGGAGCUGGAUGAGAACAUUGGCAGUGAGCGAGCGGUGUGCAUGUCGGACCGCGGCCGGCUGCCGUACCUGGACUGUGUCAUCAACGAGGGCAUGAGGAUCCGACCGGUCAGCCCAGUGCUGAUCCCUCACACUGCCAUGACUCACAGCAGUAUUGGAGGUCACUCUGUCAGUCCUGGGACUCGUGUUUUGGUCAACAUGUGGUCGAUUCACCAUGACCCCCAACACUGGGACAAACCUGAUCUUUUUAACCCAGAUCGUUUCCUUGACAACCAGGGUCAGCGGGUCACACCUUCCUGCUUCCUGCCAUUCGGGGCGGGACCUCGGGUCUGCGUUGGCGAAUCACUGGCCAGGCUGGAGCUGUUUCUCUUCUUGUCCUCGCUGCUCCAGCGAAUGAGCUUCAGGCUACCAGACGGGGCUCCCCCACCCAACCUGCAGGGGCGGCUCGGCGUGGUCCUGCAGCCUUUACCUUUUAAGGUUGUUGUCACUCCGAGGGCAGGGUGGGAAGGCGGGGCAAAAUAAAGAAAGUGGGCAAAAGUCGAGCUAAAUGACCGGAGAAAGAAACAGUUUUGUUUUAGAACAGACAUUAUAAAUCUGAACUACUUGACUAUGUUUUAAAAAACAGAAGCUAAUGCUAAGCUAACCAGCAUUACCAACACUUAGCUUUUGCAGUUUCAAGCUAAUGCUAUGCUAAACUAAUGCAACCUGAACAAUAAAAAAUGAUGUGAUUAAAGUAUAAUUAAUCUGAGCUUCAGUAAUUUAAGCUGUUUAUAAUGUUUAAUGAAUAAAAGAUGAUCAGAGAGUAGUUCAGGCUUAAUGUAAUUUCACAUCACUAUUGUGUUUUUAUCAAUAAAGAAUGAUUGACCUUGA